UGGGAGCUUGAAAAAAAGUUAUUAGAACCUUUUGAUCCAGUAAGGGACUUUGUUGCCAAACCAAACCUUCCCAAGCAAAACCCAGCUCCACGAACGUCUCGUCGAAGCCAAUGUCAUUCAAAAUGAUGGUCCGUGGUCUUGAUGACUGGACUUUUAUGGUUUCCACGUCCAUCAAUGGCACCUCUGUCUCUCUGACCGCAAACUUGCUGGUCAUAGCCACUCUGGUCCUCACACUGUUGGGAUACUUUGUUGUUCCGCAUCUCCUAUCACCUCUCCGAUCAAUUCCUGGUCCAUUUCUGGCCCGCUAUACUGACCUCUACCGCCUCUACCAUACCACCCGCGGGUCUUUCCAUCUCCAUAUCACUCGAUUGCACAAAACAUACGGUCCCGUCGUUCGAAUUGGCCCCAACACCGUCGAUAUUGACUACCCCGAGCCGAUCAAAGUUGUUUUUGGGACGACUACAAAACAAAAAGCCGAGUGGAAAAAGACAGGGUUCUACCUCUCUAGCAGCACGCGAAUCAAGGAGACGGGGGAGAUCAUGUACAACCUGUUCAGUCAAAUUGACCCAGAGUUGCAUGCCAAGUGGAAGAGACCAGUGGCCAAGUAUUACUCCGCCGCCGCGGUGGCAAGAGUAGAAAGCAAGAUGGAUGAAGUGGUCGAUAUGCUAUGUAAGGAGUUGGACAAAAGGGUAAGUGGCAAUGAUGGGCAAGAGGAGAUUGAUCUGGGGAAGUGGAUCGUCUUCUACACUUGGGACGUCAUCGGGAACGUCACAUUUUCCCAGCCGCUCGGGUACUUGCGCGAGGGCAAAGACUUUGACGGGACGCUUUUGACAGCAGAUAAAACGCUCGACUACUUUGCUUUCAUAACAUCAAUCCCUUGGCUUGAUUACGUCUUUGACAAGAACAGAAUCAUGAGAAUCGGACCGCCGAGCUUCAAUCACAUCGUCGGACUUAGUGUAGGGCAUAUCAUGAAGCGAUUCCAGGAAGAUCAAGGCACAGAGCAGAAGAGCAGAGAUGCAGACUAUCUGGAUAUGUUUCUCGAAGCACGUCAAAAGUGGCCAGAGGUGGUGGAUGACGCCAUGGUCGUCAGAUAUACUCUGAGCAACAUGAUUGCAGGGGCAGACACCACCUCGAGUAUCAUCAAGACUGCUAUCUACUACUCGAUGAUGGCAGAAGGGAGGUGGAAAAAGUUGAGAGAAGAACUAGAGAAAGCUGGAAUCAACAGAGAAAAGUGCCCAGUCAGUUACAGAGAUGCUAGGAGUGUGCCAUACCUGGAGGGGUUGGUAAGAGAGAGCAUGAGAAUUUUACCGGGCAUUGCGCUAGGAUUGGAAAGACAUGUUCCCAAAGGAGGUUUCACAUUGCCUUCGGGGCACUACCUGCCAGAGGGUACAGCAGUGGCCAUGAACCCUUAUGUCCUUUCUCGGAACAAGCAAAUCUGGGGUGAAAAUGUGGACGAGUUCAAGCCUGAAAGGUGGCUGAGGGCUGGCGGAGAGAAUGAGACCAGAUACCAAGAAAGGCUGCAGAUGAUGAACGGCGCAGACUUGACUUUCGGUGCUGGGAGCAGAAUGUGUCUUGGAAAGAAUUUGGCGCUGAUACAAAUCUAUAAAGGCCUCGCAACAUUAGCGUUGCUUUAUAAUGUUGAGCCAGCUGACGGGGCGAAGGAGUGGAAAGUCAUCAACAGCUUUUUUGUCAGGCAGGAGGGACUCGAAGUUAGGCUGACAAAGAGAGUCUGAACAUUGCCAUGUUCAAAGGUCCAGAGGUGUUCUAGGGUCCGGAUUUCUGUCGGGGAAUACCAUCAAAAGUGGGAGGGUGGCCGAGCGGUCUAAGGCGCUACGUUAAGGUGAAUACCUUGAUCCAAAUUCCCUUCAGAAUUCCGUAGUCUCGAAAGGGGCGCGAGUUCGAAUCUCGCCCCUCUCAUCACAGUUUUGUUCUUUUGUCCUUUCUCCUCUUUUUCUUCCCUCUGUGAUGUGGAGCUCAGGGUCUUUUGGUGCAUGGAGUUGACCCAUGGAUAAACCCUGGAUGCAGGUUGCGGUACCUGAAGCCAACCAGGAUGGCAGGGGCAAUAGGUAUCUCUAUUGAGGUCAGCUCCUUCAAGGUAUGAUUCUCGGAUAAGUUCAGAAGUUGGGUAUAUACUGCCCGUGAAGUUCAAGACUGGUGAUGAGAGAUGUACACUGCUAGUUAAAUACACCAAAGAAAUGCUACGCUGGAAUUACCUCACUUUGAAGGAUUGGAAGCCCC